AUGUGUUUGCUGUUAUGCUGGAUUGAGCUGGUCUUUUGUUUUGUGGACUGCUUCAACAAUCUUAUUAAAGAUGCAUUCUGAGUUCAACUCUAGCCUUUUUCCAUGCCCUGCUUUUGGGUACAAAUUCUGUGAUUCAUGAGUCUAAUUUAAACACAUUAUGAUUUAUUUUAAUCAUCAGAUAUGAGUUAAAUGUUUUAGAGUGUUCUGCAUUCAUCCAGACAGCUGACACACAGGUCAACGAUUAGUGAGACUGGCUCGCCAGUCUAGAAAUGCAGCUAAGGUCCACUGAUCUAAUAUUUGCAAAAGACUGAACGGGAUAUUUUAACAGAUGUACUGCAAUACCAACAUCUUUCCCCAGUCAGGUCAUAGUUUUUUUAUGGAUACAAUAUUUUCAUUUAGUUUCAACUAAUCAUACAAUGAGAAAAUAAUUUCAAAGGAUUCAUCUGCCAAGGAAUUAUAUAUCACUGUAAAAAUGGCAUAACUCAGUGAAUGAUUUGCACUCAAAUCGUUGAAAAAUAUUAAUAUCACAUGUGAGCACCAGAGGUCAGCACAACAUCAUCUUAUUCCAGGGCUGCUGACAUCUACAGCCAAACCCACAGGACUGCAUACUUUAAAGUCUUAAUGUACAAGAAUCAGUGUUUAAAAAAACAAACUAGUAAGAUGUGGCAAUGUAUUUCAAAAACGCUCCAACAGAUUCAUCAAUUUAGAUGUUUACAUUGAUUGAUUGAUUGCAUGGAUUUGAGUACUGAUGACUGGGAAAGCAUUAAGGACACGGGUGGGCUACUUUUAUUACCCUUCGGUUUACCUACAUAACUCAACAAUGCAUGGAAAUAAAUAACAUACCUAAAUAACUCCCCAUGAUAGUCUGUUGAUCUGUUUGGUGCUUUAGAUAUUCCAGCAGUGCUAAAAGCCCUGAGUAAACUGGACAGGAAAUGUUAAUAAAAUUAUUAUUUUUCUUUUAGAAACUUACACAUAUAUUGGAUAUCACAAACAAAAGCAAAGCUGAGGGAUACACCACAACUAGGAUUUUACUUUUUAUUUAGGAUUACUCAUUUAUCUCUAUUCUGCUCAUUUUUACAAAAAGCAAUUAUAUUUUUAUUUUCAUGUAAAUUUGACAAUUAGACACUGUUGAACUCUGGCAAGAAAUCCCAAUAAUGCUACCAUAAUAAUAAUAAUAGCUGUGACACUAUCAAAAGCUGCAGAACAACAUGCGUGGGCUGAACUACUGGCUGUAAUAAUAUCUCAUUCGGUUUUCUACAUGUGUGCACUUACAGAAGCUUCUUUUCUCACUUGCACAAACACUCACAUGCAUGCUGGCUUCAGUCUCUCUGCACUCACCCUUAUAUAAGACACUAGCCUGGGAAUUUGAUUUGGUUUCUGCUUAUUUCCCAGUUAUUUUAGUCAAGACGGAUUAAUAAAGAAGAUGACCAUCCUUGUAAUUAAAUGACAAGAAAAUGAAGCUGGAAACUUUCAGUAUAAAAUAAUUACAUAAAAGCUGGAUUGUGGAAAUCUAGGCUUUACUCCCUUUGUACUGAAUUACAAUUAACCUCCACCAAAGUUAUCCAAUUACAUGCAUCCUGUUAUUCUACAUCCUGCACAUUGUUCAGUAAGGCUAAUUCUUCAUGACAGCAAGGAGAACAGAAUGUCUGUGAACCUGUCCCUGACUCAUCUUCCACAAUAUUCUCUCUAAUCUAACUUUAAUUGCUUGGCCUUAACUUUCAAGUCGACUUCUACAGAUUCAUUUCCUGAACUACUUGAGCACAGUUCUGUGCCAAUGGCUUCACAUGCCGCUCGUAACGGUACCCGACGAUGGUAAUUUCUUGAUGAGGCAAUUCAUCCCCUUCUACAUGUCUCCACAUCUUUCUUCUCCUCCUCCUGUCACUGACUCCUGGGAGGGCUAACGUAUCCUUUCCAUCAUAAUUGAGUGAACCAUGUGGUAGAGCCUGUAGACUUGGUCAGCUUGUUAUCUGAGGUGGUGUGAUUAGUAGUUAGUCACUAGCAACAAAAUCAGACAAAAAAACAGAGGAAACAAAAAAAAACACAUGACACAAAAAAUAGAGAAUGAGACAGUAGCAGGGUAAGGCGGAUAGCUGUGGAGGAGCUUAUGGGUGAAAUAAUUGCAGUCGGCAUGUAAGAACAGGAGCAGGGUCUGUACCUGGAGCCAGCUAAUUGAGCCUGAAUGAGUAAGUGUAGACACAGGUAGGAACUGCAUUUGAGUUUUGUUCCCCCUUUUCCGUGUGAACGACUAUGAACAAAAGGGCAGACGCCUCCCUAAUCAAGCUAAUGGAGUGGGAACAAGCUGGUGGCUGAAUUCGAUGGGCAGUGACAGGUAGAAGGGCCUUUGGGGGAUUUACAGAGUCAGGAGGAGAAGAGGCAGACUGAGGUGAGGUUUUCAGCUGCUGGUUGGCAGGACGAGGGGCCGAUAUAAAGCCUCGGCUUGCACUGCCAGAUCUAUUAGCAGAUGGUCCAGGUCAAAGGAACCAACAGUGACAAGUACUGUGGUUCAUCUUAUUCAUUCAGUCCAGCCAAAAAAUCAUUUCACAUCCAAGUAUUAAAAAGUAAGAGUGGCUGCUCAUUAAACAGCAAAAAACCAAAACAGAUGCUUCAACGUCUGCUUGAAACCAGACUGCAACUGCGAUUUACAGCUGAGAUGACCCUUCAAAGGAGACAGCCACAGUGGAAGCCUGCUGUGUUUCUGUGUUGCUUUUUGCUCGGGAUCUCUCUACAGUCCGACAACAUCAGUUGUGUGUCAACCAUCAACCUGCGGCGUUUCAUUGGCUGCGCAGUCCGGGAGUUCACCUUCCUGGCCAGGAAGCCCGGCUGUGGGAGUCUGCACAUCACCACCGAUGCCUGCUGGGGGCGCUGUGAGACCUGGGAGAAGCCAAUCCUGGAGCCUCCGUUCAUCGAGUCCUAUCAGCGGGUUUGUACUUACAAUGAGACUCGGCUGGAGACUGUGAAACUACCAAACUGUCAGCCCAAUGUAGAUCCAACGUACACCUACCCUGUGGCCUUAAGAUGUGAUUGUGGAGUCUGUCUGACCAGCACUACUGAAUGCAUAACCUCUGUGUGAAGUCUGAACAGGCAGAAAUACUUCUAUGUACACUUUUGGUAACAAUUACACACAAUACUGCUUUAACUGGAACCUGUCACUACGCCAGGAAAUGUUAUUUGCUUUUCUCCUGACUCAGUUUAUUCUCACACCAAACAUAGACUUGAACUGAAUCUGUUGAGUAUUACAGCUAGUAGCAGAUGGAUUCACUGCAUACAUUUUGCUGACUUAUAAUGUCUAUUUUUUAUUAUAUAAAAUAGAAUGCUCUUAGUUUGGCUACUAUAUAUCUAAAAAAAAACAAAAACAAAACUGAGAUAUAUCACUACUGAAAUAUGUUACCAACUUCACUUGGCAUUUUUUCUUAUAAGCAAAGCAAUUACUGUAAAGCUUACAAUGUUGUAAUUGACAUAAUUAAACAUUUUUUUUAAUCUGUCUUUAAUGGAUGAAUAAUGAAGUGAUCACUUAUUAGCUUUUAAUCAACAGACCUGAGCUUUUAGGCCAAGGGUCUGCUGGAGAGGUAAGGGCUUACUAAGUGUUCUUAUUCAUUUGAUUUUCCAUGAAAACUGGGUGUAUUAAUCAUCUCUGAGUGCUCUCGUGUGUUUUGGAGUGCAGGACUGAGUUUGACCAUCGCUCUUUCCACAAUAAAAGCACGUUUUCUUUCCCCCUCUGUUUCUUGUCAUUUGUGUUUGUUCAGAUUGUAGAACUUUGUGCUUAAAUUGCUGCAAAUCUGGCUUUUGAUGCAAA